AUGUUCAUCUCAUUACCCAGUCGUUGCGAACCCUCAGCCAGACAGUCAAUACGAUCACCAUUAACGCCUCCGUCGGUCACUCCUCCAUCGGUCAGCGUAACGGGGUCGUCGACAAUGCAGUGUGAGAGGGAUCGUUGCAAGUCUCCAACAACAAAGGCUCAUACAUUACUCGCAAAGGUAGCGACAGUAGUAGCUACAUCGCCUCAACCAACCCAGCCUCAACCCACAGCUCCAAGGAUGGCAGCCUCAAUAUCGAAUUCGAGUUCAGCAAGCAACUCACCUCUGUCAACACCACCUAGUGAGGGAGGGCACUUCCCAUUCGGCAUGAUUUCAAAGGAGUUGCCAGAGAGUCCUGAUGGUGGCUACGUUAGUUUCCCAGUGUUUGAGGAGUGGGAUUACAAGUCCGACGACGAGAGGGACGGCGGCUCACCCCCACCACACAAACGGUGA